AACAUUGUAAACAUUAAUUUUAUUAUCAUUUUGCAAUUCUUUAACAAUUACAGAUAUGUUUUGUCGACAACUUAUAAGAACGUUUCCAUAUAGGUUAAUAAGUUCAGUUACUAUGCCCGUUACGCAAGGUGCCCGUAAAAAAUCUGGCUUGUCCUUGAAAGACAAAGUUGUGAUGAUCACAGGAUCUGGAACUGGUAUCGGUGCUGCAACAGCAAAAGCAUUUGCUGAAGAAGGUUCCAAGGUAGUCAUUGCAGAUGUAAACGCAGAUAAUGUAAAAGCAAUGAUAAAGGUAUGUGACGAAAUAUGCAACGCUCAAGCUAUUGGCUUCCACGUUGACGUGACAAAUGAAGAACAACUUAACAAGAUGGUUUCUGAAACAGUCGAAAAAUUCGGUAGGCUAGAUGUCCUCGUCAACAAUGCUGGGAUAUUGACCUUCGGGUCUCUCCUCAAGGCUGACGUGAUGAAUGCCUUCGAUAAAACACUGGCUACUAACCUCCGCUCCUGCGUAUACCUGACCAUGAUAGCGUGUCCUCAUCUCCUCCGGACCCAGGGUAACAUUAUUAAUAUAUCCAGUAUCCUAGGACGUUCUUAUUCUGGUGACUCUAAGUACAUGCCAUACUGUGUUUCGAAGGCAGGUCUUGAUCAUUUCAUGUUUGGGGCUGCUUUAGAACUAGCGCCAUACGGAGUCAGAGUAAACAACGUCUGUCCAGGACCCACUAAAACCGAAAUAUUUGCAAAAGCUGGAGUAAAUGGCACUUGGGAAGAAAUUAGUGAAUCUUUUAAACUUAAUAAUAUGUCAGAACCAGAGGAGAUUGCAGAUUUAAUUUUGUAUUUAUCAAGUUAUAAAGCAAGGAGUAUAACGGGUGGUAAAUUUUACAUAGAUAGAGGAUCACUGUUGAUGGGUUAAAGUGUAAAAAUAUUGGCAAUGAACUAAUUUUUACUAUUCUAUGACACACUGAUCGUUGCAGAGAUAUGAGAUAUGUGA